CAGUUCGAAUCCCAUUACUCUGUGCCAUAUGAUUUAAAGGGAAUCGAUUUUUUUUUAAAUAUUGUUGGCGUGACUGCCUCACUAAAUUGAUUGGGGUGUUAUGAUCGUUAAGGAGAACGAGAGUAGGCGGGUCAAUGUGCUAUUUUCUAUCUUUGACCAGACUGACGAGGCAAGUGGCACUUAUUUUUGCGCAAUUGCAAAAUACUCUUUGAUAACUUUUAUCCAAUUUGCAACAUGUUGAGAACGCUUAAUGGCCCAAAAGUAGGUUCAUCUUGAAGGAAAAAGCCUGAGCAUAGUCGGAUCCAAGUUUGAUCAAUAAAAUGCUUCUUGUCACUUUUGGUCCCACCAUCAGACAACGAACGAAAACGGAGAAGGCGAAGGAACUUUCAAAAGUGUUCAGUUGAUCUGCGGUCAAAGGAGCGAGUGUCAAAAUGGUCACAAUUGACGAUGAGAUCAGCCAAAUUCAUGCUCUGAUUCUGAUUGGAUUUCGAGAGGUCCACACGGCCCCUGUCACACCCGCGGCCACUUCGACGUUUUCUCAUUCCGAGGCCAAGGCCUUGGUGCCGAGUGCUCAAGCCGAGAAUGGAUCGUGGGAAUCCGCCCUCAAAGAUUUGGGAGACUCAGACCCCGAGGAGUCAAUUACAGGUGUCAUCUUCCAAUAUUCCCAUCAUUUCUUUGCCUGUCUCGAGUCAAACGAGCGUGGCCUUACCAAGGCCAUGGAAAUUUCCAAGGAGAUUUUCCAGUCUCCGUCCAAAAAGAGGAAUGACAGCCGCGAUUGCAGCCAAUCCACUCUCAAGUUUCUCCCAAUUCAUUCCAUCUUCAACUUGAAAGCGCGAAUGUUCACCAGUUUGAUCACCCGGCGCUUUGACCCACCCUUGCGGCAAGCCUCGCCCAUGACGCCUUCACCCACGCCUUCUUUGGCUCGAUCACCUUCCCAAAUGACCUUGAGGGAUUCACCCGUACCUUCGACUGCCAGAGAAAGGGUUGUCACAACCAUACUCCAACUCCUGAUUGCCAUUCGAAGUCAAUCAUCGCCUUCGAUGAAAAAGAAUUUGGAGCUGGUCGGAGAGAAAUCGCCCCAGUUAUUCCCGGAAUCUGAACUCAUAGAGGCCACAUUCCACGAAUUCUUUGACGGUCACAAAUUUGAGGGAGGUUAUGAUAGUCAUCAAAAUGAUCGCAUGGAUGAUGGCGAAGACUUGUUGAAGACGCUGUACUUUGGAUUUCCUAUCGAUGAAGAACUCAAGACCCUAGGCGUUGAUGAUGAUGUGGUUUGGCCCGCGCCAAAACGAGUGUUUCAAUUGAGCAUCAACAUGGAUUUGAAGUGAAUGACGGAGGUACAAUUCAAGAAGUCACGUUUGUUUCAUGUCACUUUGAGGUUCUGCCACCGUGGUUCAAUCAAAG